CUCCUCUCUCCCCCUCUCUUUCUCUCUCUCUCCUCCCUGUAGUGCUGUUGCGUGAGGAGGUGGCCCAGCUCCAGGAGGAGGUGUCUCUGCUGAAGCAGAUGAAGGAGAUGCUGAGCAAGGACCUGGAGGAGACGACGCACGGGGGCUCCGCAGACCUGCUAUCCGUCACCGAGCUCCGGGUACAGCUGGGCGAGAAGGAGCAGGAGCUGGACCGCGCCAAAGAGGCCUUACAAGCCAUGAAGGCGGACCGUAAGCGUUUGAAGGUGGAGAAGGCUGACCUGGUGAACCAGAUGCAGCAGCUGUACUCCACCCUGGAGAGCAGAGAGGAGCAGCUACGAGAGUUUAUCAGGAAUUACGACCAGCACAGAAAGGAGAGCGAGGACGCGGUGAAGACUCUGGCGAAGGAGAAGGAUCAGCUGGAGAGGGAGAAGUGGGACCUGCGGCGGCAGGCCAAGGAGGCCACGGAACACGCCGGAAUCCUGCGCUCGCAACUGGACCUGAGGGAGAACAGGAUCAAAGAGCUGGAGGCCGAGCUCACCAUGGCGAAGCAGUCUCUGGCCACGCUGACUAAGGAUGUGCCAAAGCGCCACUCACUGGCGAUGCCGACGGAGACGGUGGUGAACGGCAGUCAGGAAUGGGCGAUGCAGACCGAGCUGCCGCUCACCGCGGCCAUACGGCAGAGCCAACAGACACUGUACCACUCACACCCUGCAGACAGACAAGCUGCCCUCAGGGUGAGUCCUUGUCACUCCCGGCAACCUUCCGUCAUAUCUGAUGCUUCUGUUGCCGACGGCGACCGCUCAUCGACCCCAAGUGACAUGAACUCUCCGCGCCACCGGACACACUCCCUCUGCAAUGUAAGAGCUGCCAGGCCCCCCCGACCCUCUCUCUAUCCCCCUCUCUCUCAGUCCAUGGAGGAUCUCGAGGACCAGAGGCGUAAGAAGAAGAAGGAGAAGAUGACGCUGGGUUCUCUGUCGCGGGUCUUCGCUCGGGGGAAGCAGCGCAAGUCAAUGGAGCCGGGGCUCUUCGAUGACUCAGACAGCCAGUCCAGUGUGACCCAGCAGUCUCUGUCUGACGGCGAGGACCAUCUGGAGCGCCUCCAGCAGGUGGAGCUCACGCGCUCCGUGCCCAUCUCCCUCUGGAAGGCUGCCACCGUGCACGCCUGGCUCGACAUCGUCAUGGCGAUGCCCAUGUACACACGCGCUUGCUCCGACAACGUCAAGAGUGGGAAGGUGCUGCUGGGACUCACAGAUGAGGAUCUGGAGCGAGGCUUGGGCAUCACCAACCCUCUCCACCGCAGGAAGCUACGACUCGCCAUAGAGGACUACAGACAGGCAGAACAGACUGGACAAGGUCUGUCUAAGGCAUCUGAGCUGGACCACCAGUGGGUGUGUAAGGUGUGGUUGAGUGAGGUGGGGCUGCCCAAGUACCUCCAGUCCUUCCACACACACCUGGUUGACGGCCGCACGCUAGGCUCGCUAACACGCAGGGACCUGGACAAACUCCUCAGCGUCUCCGACCAUCAGCACCAGACCAGCCUGCUGCUCGCCGUCCAGCUCUUACACAUGCUCAACUUCAACAAACAGGCUCUCCAGGCUCGGCGGGCUCAGUGUGAGGAGCAGUGUGUGGAUCCCCUGGUCUGGACGAAUCAACGCAUCAUCAAGUGGAUCAGAGACAUCGACCUGAAGGAGUUUGCGGACUCUCUGCUGAGCAGCGGUGUGCAUGGGGCACUGAUGGUGCUGGAUCCGUCCUUCAGUGCCAACUCUCUGGCCCUGGCACUGGGCAUCCCCUCCCACAGACACAUGCUGCUGUGCCACCUGCAUCAGGAGCUCAGGGCACUGCUCACGCCCGCCAGUGCCCCACCCACCCCCCUCAGGAGCAGUCAGCCACAGGAAGAGAAGCAGGGCACCCCAACACACUCCACCCCGACACACUCCACCCCCACUCACUCCCCUGCCGCCAUGAUCCGCUUCUCUGAGGAACGCAGCUCACUCCGACAGACAGCAAGAAAGAGUCCUUUGCGGUUCAAACCCAGGUUCCCUGGUAGGCGGGACUUGAGUUUCCAUGGCAGCUGUGGCUCCCUGCCCAGAGAUGAGCAGAGGAAAGCCCCCCGCGCCAAAGACAGCCCCCUUCACAACUACUCCGGCAUCGAGAUCACCAACGUCUGAUACACACACACACACACACACACACACACAUACACACACACACACACACAGGAAUGCACAC